GUAUCAAAGUCUCCGGCGAACGAGUCGCCGCGGACAGUCCGCUUCUUCCUUUCGAAAAGAGUCAGCGAAUGGUCGCGAAAAUGAAAGUGUUAAUUUUCGCCGCUGUUGCGGUGUUCUGCGUCCAAUCUGUGCUCACUGUCGACACACACGAGCACAAUAAGAUUGUGUGCUAUUGGAAUACCACGGCCUUCGAGCGACAAGGGCCAGGAAAAUUCCAGCUGGACGACGUUCAGUCGGCCCUCUCCCUUUGCACGCAUUUGAUCUAUGGAUUCGCGGGGAUCAACGCGGAGACGUUCGAAGUCGUUCCUCUGAAGCCAUCACUGGACACAGGAGUCGGAUACUCUUAUUACAAACUCGUCACUCAGCUAAAGAGAUCAUUCCCAAAUCUCAAGAUCUAUCUCAGUAUAGGUGGCAACGCCGAUCCUGAUGACGAGACUCAUAAAUAUCUCGUUCUCACGGAGACAUCGCAAUCGAGAUCGAAAUUCAUCAGCUCAGUGAAUCGGCUCCUCAACGACUACGAUUUCGAUGGGAUCGACCUGGCUUGGCAGUUCCCACCUGCCAAAGUUAAGAAGGAACGCGGUACAUUUGGCUCGAUCUGGCACGGCAUCAAGAAGACCUUCGGCUACGGUAAAUUCAAGGACGACAAAGAGGUGGAGCAUCGUGACGGUUUCACCAUCUUGGUCCGCGACUUGAAGGCCCAGCUCAGGCCAAGAAUGAAGGAUCUGACGAUUGGUGUCCUACCUCACGUGAACAGCAGUGUUUAUUACGACGCGAGAUUGUUGGCGCCCAAUAUCGACGCCGUCCACCUCUUCACUUUCGAUCAAAAUACAUAAAAAUAUGGGCGAAGUAUCGAUUCCGUUUCAAGGUACUGGCUGGAGAACGGGACUCCGGGUUCCAAGAUCGUUGUUGGGAUUCCAACGUACGCCCGUACGUGGAAGCUGACGUCGGACAGUCAAAUAUCAGGGGUGCCACCUAUAGUGACCGACGGGCCGGGGGCCGAGGGGCCGCACACCAACACGCCAGGGCUUCUUUCGUACGCAGAAGUUUGCUCGAGGCUGACCGAAUCUGCCGUGGGUCGUUUGAGGCGCGUCGGUGAUCCGUCGAAGAAGUAUGGCAGUUACGCUUACCAACCUUACAACGAGAACACAGGGGCGGAUGGAAUUUGGGUCGGUUACGAGGAUCCCGACACGGCUGGGAACAAGGCAGCCUACGCCAAGGCGAAAGGUUUGGGCGGAGUGGCCAUCUACGACUUGUCGUUGGACGAUUUCCGCGGUGUCUGCACAGGGGACAAGUAUCCUAUAAUAAGGGCCGCUAAGUUCAAGCUGUAAAAAAGUUAUUAGAGAGACAAUAUAUAUAUAUAUAUAUAAAUGAAAAUGUGGCCAAUUUGCAUAAAGUUUGGAAGUUAUUU